AAAAUAGAUCAAAGAAGAAUUUAAGUAUGUCCUCUCGAAUGGAAUUUCCCACUUUCCCUUUGUCACUAACAAAGACAUCAAGUGCAUUGACGGAGAAAUGUGCCAAUUUUGAAUCAGAAGAGAAUGAGAAGAGAAUCCAUGGAUCAGAAAACAGAAAAUGUUCUUGUUAUUCACUUUCCAAUGAGACCAAAAACAGAGAGUCUGUCAUAAUUGUUGAAUCACAAACUCUUGAUGAAUAUAAUGUCUCACCAUCAGGGCACAGCAGAAGAUAUGAUGAAGAUAAUAUAAAAUACAUGGAUGAAGAUGUUGAAGAUAUUGAAGAGCCAGAUAUAUCUGUGCGAGAUAAGCAACCUCUGCUUGCUGACUAUUCAGGUGAUGGAUACGUAACUUUGAAGGAGAAAGCAAAGGAAAGACUGGAAAAUGCAUUGUUUAACUUUACUAUUUAUAUGGAAAAGGACGAUGAGUGUCUUGAAACAUUUCUUAAGAACGACCACUACAAAUUAUUGAUGGAGAACAUUAAUUCUUACAGUAAAACGGAGGUAACUGCAAAGGAGAUACCAUUGCUUAGUAAUUAUGCUGAAUUAGUUGAAAGUCGGUUUAAAGAUAUUAGAAUAGAGUGAAUUUCUAGAGGGAAAAUUUCUUAAUAUUUUUCUCCUUUUUAACGUUUAAAUAUUUAACUUUUUUUAACAAGGUUAGCUCCUUAACUUAUUUGUUGACAUCUUUUUUGGAAAUAUGCAAAAAAAUUUUCCCUCCUAGUGAAUCUUGCUUGGGGAAAAAAUGUAGAUGGCUUUGUUUUCAAGCAGAUGACAAUGUUGAGUGGAUUUUUCGGUAAGUUGAAAUUAUUGUAAAAUAUUAUUUAUCAGAGUAAUAGUAUAACUUUCCCAAGCAAAUUUCCGGUUCACAAGGAUGCGACGAGAUUAUUUAGAUGACAAAGAAUUAAUAAUGAUUUUAUCAAUCAGAUUUAUGUGAAAAUCUUCAAAAAAGUAAAUGACCGUCACGUGAUCAUCGAAGUCAUGUGAUAUUGUAACAAAUACGAUUCUGUAUAGUCUAAGGAUUUGUUUAUAUGAAUUAGACCUACUUGAUUUCAUAACUCACAAAAAAACAAGAAUUGAUUUUGCAACGCAGUGUUACAUUUUGAGCUUGUUUAAAGCUUCGUGAAGCCUGAACAUUA